GCCAAGAUGGCGGCGCGGCCGUCCCCGCCCUCACGGGACAGCGCCGCUUCCGGGCCCCGGGAUGGCGGAGGAGGCGGCGCGGAGGGCGGUGGCGGCGGUGCCGCUGCUGCGGACGGCGGCGGGGCCGCGGGACCGGGAGCGCUGGGCCGAGCGCCUCAAGGAGGAGUACCGCGCGCUCAUACAGUAUGUGGAACACAACAAGGCCGCCGACAAUGACUGGUUCCGCCUUGAGUCCAACGCGGAGGGCACGCGGUGGACAGGGCGCUGUUGGCACAUCCAUGAGCUGCUCAAGUAUGAAUUCGCCAUUGAGUUUGAGAUCCCAGUGACGUACCCCAGCACCGCUCCCGAGAUCGCCAUCCCGGAGCUGGAUGGGAAAACGGCCAAAAUGUACAGUUACCCCCUCCCCGCAGAGGGGGCAAAAUCUGCCUCAGCGACCACUUCAAGCCCCUGUGGGCCCGCAACGUUCCCAAGUUUGGUUUGGCGCACCUCAUGGCACUGGGGUUGGGUCCAUGGCUGGCGGUGGAGAUCCCUGACCUCGUUGCCAAGGGCCUCAUUGAGCACAAGGAGAAGUGAGCGGCGCUCAUGGGGGGGGCUUCCCCCUCCCUCCCAGGAGGUGCUGUCCCCCCCCUGUUUGUGCCCUCUCCCCCUUUCCAAUAAACUUUGCAGCCCUCACCCUGCCCCUGUGCUGCUCUGGGGGUCCCAGGGCAGGGGGGAGCCCUCAGGCGUUUGUGGGACUCUUUUCUUGAGCCCCCAACAGACACAAAGUGCGGGGGGGCGCGACUCUACAAUAACUCACCGAUAAGGA